AUGUUUUGUCCAACAAAAAGACUCUUUUUAGAAAAUGGGACUAAAACCUCCCAAAUAUUUGAUCAUUUGAGUCACGUUAAACCUUUGAAAUCAUUGCCGGUAACAUAUCAUUUACCAACCAUAUAUGCUGUUUCUACUGGAAUAAAUAUUAAAUCUGCAACCGCAUUGAUCCGAAUAUCAGGCUCACAGUCGAAGUAUAUAUUUAGUCGAUUGACAAGAAAGAAAUCAAGCGAAUUAAUUCCCAGAAAAGCAAUACUUCAAAAUUUGUAUUCAACAUUUGACAAAUAUAGAAAAAAUUUAUUGGAUAAUUCAAUAGUAAUAUUUUUUCCUCAUCCUAAUUCAUUUACUGGUGAAGAUGUAUUAGAAUUACAUUUACAUGGAGGUAAAACAAUAAUCAAAAGUGUUCUAAACUCAAUAGAUAAUCUGAAAAAUUAUGAUACAGAUAAGGUGAAAAAUAAUAAUAUUCAAAUUAAAUAUGCAGAGCCUGGAGAAUUUUCAAGGAGAUCUUUUUUAAAUGGUAAAAAGAAUUUGAUUGAAUUAGAAAGUAUUAAAGACUUGAUUGAUUCAGAAACAGAAAAAGAGAGACAGAAUAUAAUUCAAAAUUUGGAUUCGCAAACAAGAAACAAGAAUAUUAGUAAUUUUAAAGAUUGGAGAAAUGUUCUAAUUGAUAAUUAUUCUGAAUUAACAGCAGUUAUUGAUUUUAAUGAAGAUAUGGAAAUCAAUGAUAUUAAUAAUAUAUUACGUAAAAUACUGACAAAUUUUGAAGAAUUAGCAAAAAAUAUCAAAAAUUUCAAUGAAAGGGUUUUGAGAUCAAAUUUUUUACUGGAUGGAAUUAAAAUACUUUUAAUUGGUUCUACCAAUGUCGGUAAAUCAUCUUUGAUUAAUAAAUUAGUCAAAGAUGAUGUUGCCAUAGUAAGUAAUAUACCUGGCACUACCAGAGAUUUAAUCGAAAAAAUUAUUGAAUUUAAUGGCUGGAAAUUAAUUUUAACUGAUUCAGCUGGUAUCAAUAAAAAUUUACGUAGUGGAAAAGUAUUGGAUGAAAUUGAAAAGAUUGGUAUCAAGAAGAGCAUAUCAAAAUUAAUGGGGACUGAUAUUUCUUUAUUAGUUGUCGAUGGUUCACAACCUAAUAUCUGCAUAGAUACUGAGGUCUUGAAAAUAAUCAAAGACAAUAAUAUACCAUUUAUUGUGGUGGUAAAUAAAUUUGACUUGAUUGAUACUAAUAAAUUACAUAUAAUAAAAAAUCAAAUCAUUUCAAUAUUUAAUACAGUGGGAAUUACAAAGACUUUCCCAAUUAUACUAAUAUCUUGUAAAACUGAUUAUAAUAUAGAGGAAUUGUAUACUGAAUUAACAAGACAACUGAAAACAAUAGUUAAUAUUGAUUCAAAGGAUCCAAUUCGAAUGUCGUACCGUGUUCAGAAUAUACUUCGAGAAGAUAUAAUAAAAAAUUUAGAUGAUGCUAUUAAUCAAUUAAGAUUAAUCUUAUCUAAUAAUUCAAGUGAUGAGGAAGGCGAUGCUGUCAUUAUUUGUGAAGUUAUUAGCGAAGUUAUUAACGGUAUUAAUAAGAUCACUGGCGAGUCCGUUGGUAUAGAGGAAGUGCUAGAUACUGUUUUUUCUAAAUUCUGUAUAGGAAAAUAA